AUGUUUAGAUGUUAUUAUAUUUUAAAUUUAGGGGUUUUUUAUUCUUCAUCUAUUGCUUUCAAGUCUUUAUCAUUCCUGUUCCCAAGUGUUGGGAAAAGCUGCUUAUUGCUUCGUUUUUCUGAUGAUUCUUUCACUCCCUCUUUUAUUACCACGAUUGGUAUUGACUUUAAGAUCAGAACCAUCGAAUUAGAUGGUAAACGAAUCAAACUUCAAAUUUGGGAUACUGCUGGUCAAGAACGUUUCCGUACUAUUACCACUGCUUAUUAUCGAGGUGCAAUGGGUAUACUUUUAGUAUAUGAUGUAACUGAUGAACGUUCUUUCAACAAACAACAUGCCACUGAAGGAGUUAACAAAAUUCUUAUUGGUAACAAAUGUGAUUGGAUUGAAAAGAAGGCAAUCACUAAAGAGCAAGGUCAAGCACUUGCUGAUGAAUUUGGAAUUAAAUUUUUGGAAACUAGUGCGAAAGCCAACAUUAAUGUUGAAGAAGCCUUCUUUACUUUGGCAAGGGACAUUAAGAAGAGAUUAAUUGAUACACAUGCACAAGAACAACAAAAUACUCAAAAUAAGAGACUUGAAUUGGAAAACAAACCCAAAGCUACAAGUGUCGGUUGUUGUAGUUAA